ACUGGUCAUAACCAUAUGAACGGUUCGGAUUGCAUAUAAAAAUCAUGGCUCCAGGAAGGUUUCAACGGUGGACGUUUCCGUUCAACUUUUUCUUAUGGUGUGGCCCACCUAAGUCUUGGAUCUUCCUGAUUUUUGGAUUUAUAUGCUAUUGUGCUCUUCUGAAACUGAUGGACGGAGUGGAUCUGUCACGAGCAUAUCUGUGGGCCCCACCUAGCUUCCGACCACAGGAAGUUCCUGUGGCCGGGAGCACAGAGGCAAGUCGUGUCCGUCGCGUGGCAUGCGCACAGAGAGGCGACGGGACAGAGAUGCUAAUGUACGCACAGCUGGGAUUGAUUCUCUUACGCCGCUUUCUGCGCAUGCCCGGCAGCCCACCCAAGGAAAUAAUGUCUUGAUACUCUAGAAGGGUUCCUCUACAACUACUGUAGAAUAAGCUUUCUACAAGUUGUGUGUGGGUCCACCGUGAUGUGGGGUGUAGUCCACACCGUCGAAAGGUGCCCCCUUUCAGGUUCACAUUAUACGGUGUAUCUAGGUGGGUCACACCACAGGGUAAAGUUGGGAUGGGGGUGCACCAUUAAAAUCUUUCCGAUUGUACGUGGGGGCCACCGUCUCUUGUAUAUGCCAUCCAAUCCAUUCAUUGGACACACCCCACCAAGAAAAAUGGACACCCCAAAAAUCACGCCAGUCCAAAACCCAUGUGGACCACACCAUGUGACUUUAGGCCUCAUUUGGCACUGUGGAUUCAGAAUACCUGGCUUCAGAAUUCUCCAGUUGUGUUUGGCACCUGGAUUUGAAAACCCCAUUUAAGACUAUAUUUACAGUAGUUUGAAUUUAAUUACUAGAUCAACUUUAAUAUUCCUAAUUAGUGUACAUGUGUGAUGUUUGACAAAAUAAUUGUAAUAAGCCUAAUGAAUUAUAUGCUUUGGCCGAAUAUGAUGAAAUUUCAAGCAUCGGAUGGGCCAUAAGCAUAGGAUCACAACCGAAUGACUAACCAACGAUUUUUAACCAUUGAUAUACAUGAACAAUGUUUGGACUAACCAACAAUUUUUAGUGGUGCAGUUGAUAAUCUGAUUGUUUUGGGAUAUAAUCAGCGGGCCAUGUGAACUUGAGUUUUACCAUGGCCUGACAGCUGACUAGAACAUGAGUGAGCACGCAUGAUGGAUGGAGGGGAUGUUAUGCACACAUCACUGUGGGUCCCACACUGUUACAUUUUGAUUCUCUAGUAGACAGUCCAAGUUGUGGACCUACUCUAGGUGGUUAGUGGUGCUUAGUAUAGAAGAAACAACCCGGUUUCCAUUUCCUCAAGCUCCAAUAUUACUUCUUUUUCACUCAACUGAUUGUCCGAGCAAGCAAAUUUCGGAGUUUGCUGCUGAGGCUUUUCUUUUGUUCUGGAUAUUGGUUCCCCAAAAUAAAAUGGAGAAGUCUACAAAGGCAGUGGACAUGGGUUUGAAGUCAGAUUCCUGUGCUAAUUUCGCUGAACAAAAUAUGCCUACUUCUUGUAUAUCCCCAUUAGGAGAUGAUACUUCUAGUAUUAAAGAAGGUAACAACAGUCAAAGGUUGGUUGCAGAUCAAAAUGUUUGCCACCCAUCAACAAGCGACCAUAGUUAUUAUUCAUCAGGGUAUGAUGGGGGGACCCAUCCAGUACGGGAUGAACUGGCUGAUUUUCUCUCAGGAGAUGGAGUAGAGAUGCCAUUUUCCGGUGUUGAAUCAGAUACUGGUCCUAUGUUCUACUACAUUCCCGGGCAUAGCCCAUACAAUUUAGCAGCUUUAAUGGGUCUUGACGAGCAAUGUGUUGGUCAACAAUCAUUCUUCCCUUCAUCAUGGUGUCUUCAGCCGCCUGUUCUGAAUGGGUCGGAAGCUGUUUCAUCAUACGCUGGUGAUUCCACAUCUCUCAUUGCGAAUUCCCAGAACAGAGCUGCUGUGCUUGCUGCUCCAAAACCAAAUGUUCCUGCCCACUCUGGUGAUUCUACACCUCUUAUUGCAGAUUCCCAGAACAGAGCUGCCAUGCUUACUGCGACAAAACCAAACGUUUCUGCACCAAGCCCUUCGGGAGCUGCAGUGCUUACUGCAACAAAACCAAAUGUUUCUGCACCAAGUCCUUCAAGAGCUGCAGUGCUUACUGCAACAAAACCAAAUGUUUCUGCACCAAGUCCUUCCACAUCUCUCAUUGCGAAUUCCCAGAACAGAGCUGCUGUGCUUGCUGCUCCAAAACCAAAUGUUCCUGCCCACUCUGGUGAUUCUACACCUCUUGUUGCAGAUUCCCAGAACAGAGCUGCCAUGCUUAGUGCGACAAAACCAAACGUUUCUGCACCAAGCCUUUUGGGAGCUGCAGUGCUUACUGCAACAAAACCAAAUGUUUCUGCACCAAGUCCUUUGGGAGUUGCAGUGCUUACUGCGACAAAACCAGAUGUUUCUGCACCAAGUCCUUUGGGAGCUGCAGUGCUUAAUGCGACAAAACCAAAUGUUUCUGCACCAAGUCCUUCAGGAGCUGCAGUGGUUACUGCAACAAAACCAAAUGUUUUUGCACCAAGUCCUUCAGCUUCAUUAAAGUUGAAAGGCAUGAACUCUACAAAGUCAAAGGGCACUUCUGAUACCAAAGCUUCUGCACCACCAUCUGAUUCAAAGUCACACGCCUCUACUGCCUCUUCUAACUUCUUGAAUUCUUCUUUCCAUAGUCAACCCAUGAAGCCUGCAAACAAGGCAUCAAAGGAGGGUUCUACUUUCCACUCAUCUUCUCUUCCAAAAGGGUACUAUCCCAUGGGAAAAAUCUCUUCAUUUUCUAGUCAAGGGAAUGGAGGAUCAUCCCAGCAAAAUGGAUUCAGGAACUUCAGACCAGAUGGCCAAUCCUUUGUUCAUAAUGACAGAUUUCAUAUGAGAGAGAAAUUUGACAGAGUAGGGGUGUAUGGUUCAUCUAAUAUCUUAAACUGUGGUCCACGUGCUCUACAGGUUAGCCAAUUGAAUGCUUCGAGCUCAUCAUCCCAGAAGACUCGGUUGAGCUCUUCAAUCCGAAGAGACCAAUAUAACCUAAAAGAUUUUGAGACUAGGUAUGAGCAAGCAAUGUUCUUUGUUAUAAGAUCUUUUAGUGAAGAUGACAUUCAUAAGAGCAUCAAGUAUAAUGUAUGGGCAAGCACUCAAAUUGGGAAUAAAAAAUUGGACGCUGCAUUCCAUGAUGCAGAAACCAGGUCAAGCAAUAAGGGUGCAGUCUGUCCAAUCUUCCUCUUCUUCUCGGUUAAUGCAAGUGGGCAGUUUGUAGGCUUGGCUGAGAUGAUUGGGCAGGUGGAUUUCAAGAAGAACAUGGAUUUUUGGCAGUUCAAUGGCAAGUGGGAUGGAUUCUUUCCUUUAAAAUGGCACGUGAUAAAAGACAUACCUAACAACCAGUUUUACCAUAUAAUACUUGAGAACAAUGGUUACAAACCUGUGACCAUUAGCAGAGAUACACAGGAGAUUGGAUUUCCACAAGGAUUAGAAAUGCUCGAGAUUUUUAAGAAUUAUCCGGCGAAAACAUCAAUAUUAGAUGAUUUUGAUUUCUACGAAGAUCAGGAGAAAUCGAAGAGCAGCAAUCACUCAUCGGCACACUCGAGAACUAGUUAUAGUAGUUCACAACAGAAGCAUUUAGAAAUUGUUGGGGCGAGGAAAGCUGUUGGAGCAUCAACAAGAGAAGGGCAGCAGACGCAUUUGCAAUUGUGGGAGCAAGGAAAGUUGAGGAAGCAUCAAUAAGAGCAAAGCAGCAGAAGCAUUGGGAAACUGGGGGAGCAAGGAAAGUUGAUGAAGCAUCAACAAGAGCACAGAGAACUUCUAUGGACCCCAAGCCAUCACUCAUCUCCAUCACAAAAAACCUCUCACUCAAUGCUAACUCCCCACAUGACAAUUCAACCAUGAAGGUUUCAAUGGCAAAUCAUGGUAAGUUUACAAGGGAGACAUGAUUUCCGAAUUUUCUCUUAUUUUGGCCUUUUGGGCCCAUUGUAUCAUAGCAGUUGGCAAGCUCUGUAAUUGUCAUUAAUUAAUAUUCUUCUCCUCUCUCAUUUUUCUUUUACUUGUGCCAUAUAAUUUGUUAUUAUAGUAGGAAAUAAGAUUUUUUAUUUUCUUUUUUAUACCAUUGACGUAUCCGUUUCUAAUUCGAUGUUAUUACAAAUCAUUAAGAGUUCAAGACUUCAAAUCUGAUGGAAAUUCUUUCUUCUUUU